AUGGAGCAAUGGAGCAAAUACACAAAGGUUAAAGUGGUGGGUCGAGGUGCUCAUGGUAUGGCAAUUUUAUGCCGUCGAAAGCAAGAUAAUUCCUCGGUGGUUAUCAAGGAGCUUUUUACGUCUUCUAUGAGCGAAGAUGAAAAGCAAACCUCGCUCAAUGAGAUCAAGGUUCUCACUAUUCUUCGUCACCCCAACAUCAUUUCCUAUUAUGAUUCUUUUACAGGAGUGGGCACUAUGGAAUUAGAAUCUCCUGAAAAUUCUUCCGCUGCAGGUGUAGAUAAAACGGGAGAUUUGAGUACUAGCCAGCCUCGUCAAGCAAAUCGAAAACCAACAGACAAGAAAAAAAUGAUGGUAAUGGAUAUGAACCAUAGUACUACACGCAAGGAAAAACUACCGUCCACUUUAAUGAUUGUGAUGGAGUAUGCUGAUGGUGGAACAUUGAGCGAUUACUUGGAAGAAUUGGCAGCAAGUGGGAAACGGUUAGAAAUCGAUGAGGUUAUGAAUCUUUUUUGUCAAACAGCAUUGGCUCUCAAUCAUAUACAUUCCCUAAAUAUUCUUCAUCGUGAUCUCAAAACAAACAAUAUUCUCAUAUCUGGUUUGGGAAAAUACAAGGUAUUGAAGAUUGGUGAUUUCGGUAUUUCAAAAAUCAUGUCUGCAACAGCCAAUGCAGAAACUGUCGUUGGAACGCCUGCAUAUAUUUCUCCCGAGUUAUGUGAAGGAAAGCCAUACAAUGAAAAAUCUGAUAUUUGGGCACUUGGAUGUGUACUUUACGAGAUUAUAUGUUUGAAAAAAAUGUUUUCAGCACAUAACCUUCCCGCACUUGUUUUGAAAAUUCUCAGAGGAACUUACGAUCCAAUUCCUGCUCACUUUUCACCCCAGCUUGACAAUCUCAUCAAGUCGUGCAUGGAACUCGAACCAGAAAAUCGUCCCUUUAUGCCUGCUAUUAUCGGCAUGCCUUUUCUACAAGAGUCUCUUGUUCAAACAAUUUUUGGUGUUGGUAGAAUUGAGCAUAAUGAUAUUGCUACUUCAAACGGUGGUACUCCUGUGGUAUUAUCUGCUUCAUCUAAUGGAAUUACUACGUAG